AUGGCGGCCAACAGCUCCUUCGCCGAUUCCAAUGCCUCCCUCAAACUCUCCACAAACGACAACCAUCCCUCAACGUUCCAGAAGAUCUCCGAGGAAGACGAGGAGGAGGAUCAUGAAGUGACGUCACCAACCAAUCCCACCUUCCGCACCGUCGACGCCGGUGAUAGCUCCUCCGCCCGCGGUCGCCUCUUUUCGGGCGGCGGGUUCGGCGAGGGCGGUGCCCCCAUCCGCUUUGGCCGGAGUCCCUUUGGCCGCGCCACCACCGAGGAGGAGGCCGAGGAGGACGACGAAUUUGAGGAACAUCCCGACGGCAUCCGUCCCACCGGUGGUGCCGACCACGGCAUGCCCAACAACUACGCCCUGGGCCGUCGCACGUCCGUCUCAGCGGAGUCGCUGAACCCCACGUCGGCCGGCUCGGACGGCUGGGUGCCGCCGCACCACCCCAAGACCGACGAGCAGCUGGCCCGGCUCAAGGCCGCCGUCAGCAACAACUUCCUCUUCUCGCACCUGGACGACGACCAGUUCACGACCGUGCUCGACGCCCUCGUCGAGAAGCCCAUCCCCGCCAAGGGCAUCAAGGUCAUCUCGCAGGGCGACGCCGGCGACUACUUCUACGUGGUCGAGAACGGCCAGUUCGACGUCUACAUCAACCCGGCGGGCUCCGUCCAGCCGGGCCCCGACGGCAUGGGCAACAAGGUCGGCAGCACCGGCCCCGGGGGCUCAUUCGGUGAGCUGGCGCUCAUGUACAACGCGCCUCGGGCGGCGACCAUCGUGUCGGUCGACCCCAAGAGCACGCUGUGGGCUUUGGACCGGAUCACCUUCCGUCGUAUUCUCAUGGACUCGGCCUUCCAGCGCCGCCGCAUGUACGAAGCCUUCCUAGAGGAGGUGCCCCUGCUCUCCAGCCUCAAGCCGUACGAGCGGGCCAAGAUCGCCGACGCCCUGGACACGAUCAAGUUCCCCGCGGGAUCGACAAUCAUCGCCGAGGGCGACCCCGGCGACGCCUUCUACCUGCUAGAGUCCGGCGAAGCCGAGGCGUUCAAGGACGGGGUAUCCGAGCCCGUCAAGUCAUACCGCCGCGGCGACUACUUCGGCGAGCUGGCGCUGCUGGACGAGAAGCCGCGGGCCGCCAGCAUCGUGACCAAGACGGACGUGAAGGUGGCGCGACUGGGCCGGGACGGGUUCAAGCGGUUACUGGGACCGGUGGAGAACAUCAUGCGACGGACGGAGUAUGAGGUGCGGCCGGGGUCGUCGGCUUGA